AUGCUCAAACUCGCCGCCCUCGUCUGUUUUGUUGCCGUUUCGUUCGCUCAGGAAGCACAAGGACCUCCACCGUUUUUGGCCAGUGCCUCCCCUGCUAAACAAAAGGAGUUCGAGGCACUGCUGGCUAAUGCAGGGAGCAUGACCGAUCCCCAAAUUGACAAGGCCGUCACGGACUGGAUUGCAAAGCAGGACCAGAAAAUUAAGACCGCCUUUGACGAGUUUGUGAAGCAAGUGAAGGCAGCUCAGGCUAAAAGCGAAGCGGCUCACCAGGCUGCUCUCAACAAGUUCAGUCCGGCAGCGAAGGCGGCAGAUGCAAAACUCUCAGCAAUCGCUAACGACCAAACGAAGACUAACAAUGCAAAGGCUGAGGAGAUUAGCGCCCUAAUGGCUUCACUGCCAGCAAACGUUCGUACCGAGAUCGAGACAGCAAUGAAAGGACUAUGA